UAAUGAACACUCGACCAAACUGGCAUCAUUUUAUUAAUUCACUUUACAACGUUUCAACCAUGAUUCAGGUCCUCAGCAAGUAAUUUGCGAAAUGUAGUUUAAAUUUUAAGAAACUUACUUCCUUAAAUUAUAACUACAUUUCACAAAUCACUUGCUAAGGACUUAAAUCAUGAUUAAAACGUUGUGAAGUAAAUUAAUAAAAUUUUGCCAGUUUGGUCGAGAGAAGAGUGUUAUUAUUUCAUUUUUGAGAAAUAUGUGUCGACCAACUGGCAAUUUAUUAAUCUUAUUACGUUUCAAUCCUUCCUUGAUGUCCAUUUCAAGUAAUGUAGUUCUUAGAUAUUAAGAUAAAAUAUCUUAAAUAAAAAGUCCAAUAAAACGAAGAAUUGUACUCUUGUGUAAUAAAGGUGAUGCAAGAAAUUUUCCUAGCGCAACUGGGACAGCUAUGCAAUAUUAUCUGCCAUUAAUAUUAUGUCUUAUUGUAAUCAUUGUAACAUACAAUGUUUACUACUUUUAUUGUACAUACAGACAACGCACAGAAAGCAACGAAAUAGUUUCGCCUCUAAUAAUGAUGAAUACGGAAUUAGUGCCUUUAAAUGAAAUACCUUUUGGGUGCACUCAACUAAAUUUGCUGAACCCUCCUAGAUUGCAAUUUAAUUCAGACGAAUUUGCGUUGACCAUAAUAAAAAAAAAUCAAAUUAUCCAAACAAAGUUUCUAGGUAGCGGCGCAUUUGGUAAUGUAUAUCAAGGAAUCAUCAAAGAUUUUGAAGGAUCGGACACAACACCAGUUGCGAUAAAAAUGCUAAAAAAAGAAGCUUCUUCGAAAGAGAAAAAGGAAUUCUUGAAAGAGGCUAAACUUAUGAGCCACUUUCGACAUGAAAAUGUGCUAAGAAUAUUAGGCAUUUGUAUGGACACGGAUUCACCGUUGCUUAUGACGGAAUUAAUAGAACCUGGUGACUUAUUGAAUUAUUUAAGAAAUAAUGGAACAUUGCAAUCGUCAGAUUCGCGCGCAUUGGGUCUGCAAGACUUGCUUGCCAUGUGCGAAGAUGUUGCUCGAGGCUGUUGUUACAUAGAAAGACAGCAAUUUGUGCAUAGAGAUCUCGCGUGUCGAAAUUGCUUAAUAUCCGUAAGAAAUCAUGGAAACCGUAUUGUGAAAAUCGGCGAUUUUGGACUAGCUAGAGAUAUUUAUUCAGAUCACUAUUACCGUACGGAAGGAGAACGCAUGCUUCCUAUUCGCUGGAUGGCACCGGAAUCUUUAGUGUUUGGAAUAUUUACUUCACAAAGCGAUGUAUGGGCUUUCGGGGUACUAAUGUGGGAAAUUAUGUCAUUGGGUGAACAUCCUUAUCCUGCCAAGAAUAAUUCCGAAGUUUUAAAGUAUGUGCGUGAGGGAGGCAAACUGCCAAAACCUCUCAACUGUCCACCGAUGUUGUAUCAGUUGAUGCUACAUUGUUGGAAAUCUGUAAUCGGUAGACCAAACUUUACAAAUUGUCUCAAAAAUAUCAAAACCUUAAGAAAUAACGUAAAAGAUUCGAUACUUAUAGUUAAUGCGUUGGAUAUUAUCGGACGUAGUGAGACGAAUCAAUCGUAAUUAUUUUUAUGUGUAUAUAGUUUUGUAUGGAGCAAUGAAUUUUACAAAUCUAGAUAAUAUCUAUUAAGAUAUAUUGCUUAUUUACUUUUUUUUACAUUUUAUAAUACAGUUAAUGUUA